CCGCAUGGACAGCAGUAAUUCGUAGCCAUGGCCUACACGUUCCGGAUCCACUGCCGCGCCUCCGACGACCUCAGCCUCGCCCUCGUCGACGGCGAAGUCGUCCUCGCCGCCGCCGACCCCAGCGACGACCGCCAGGCAGGGCUACCUUCCAUCGUCUGCUUCCUCCCCUUUCCUGUGUGCUACAGUCCUACUCCUGUGUGACCUUUAUGCAUUCUCCCCACGUUCGAUGCAGCUCUGGCAGAAGGACGUGAUGUACGCCGGCGGCGUCAAGGUCCUCAAGGACGAGGCCGGCAACCCGGCGUUCGCUCUGGUCAACAAGGCCACCGGAGACGCGCUGAAGCACUCCCUCGGCUACAAUCUGCCCGUCAGAGCCAUCCGGUUCAACCCGGGGUACCUCGACGAGUCGGUCCUGUGGGCGGAGACCGGCGACGUGGGCGGAGGCUACCGGCUAAUCCACAUGGUCAAUAACAUGGAUUACAUAUUCGACGCAGAGAAGGCGACCCCGCAGUUCGGCGGCGCGCGCGACGGCACGCGGCUCAUCCUCUUCCGCUGGAACCGCGGCCACAACCAGCUCUGGCGGAUCUCUGACGCGCCGGCUGGCCGCGGACCGCCGGUGCGGGUCUCGUGCGAGUGCAACAACGAGCUGAGUCUCGCCAUCCGCGACGGCGCCGCCGUCCUCGCGCGCACCGACCUGGACGACGACACACAGGCUUGGGUGCAGAGCUUCCGGAACACCGGGCGCGUGACGGACUCGGAGGGGCGCAGCUCGUUCGCGCUGGUGAACAAGUCCACCGGGAAGGCGCUGAGGCGCUCCCACGGCGACCAGAAGGUUGAAGUCGUCAGCUACAGCCUGGACUCGGUGGACGUCGCGCUGCUGUGGACGACGAGCGGCGAUCUUAGGGAAGGGUCCCAUUGCAUCCGCAGCGUCAGCAACCUCGGGUACGUCCUCGAUGCGUCGGAGGGCGAGACCACCGGGGCGCAUGAUGGGACGCCCGUCAUCUCGUUCCAGUCCCACAGCGGCGCAAAUCAGAAGUGGAAGACGACGCCGUUUCCUUACCUGGCUUUCCUAUCCGUUCUCGGGAACUGCUAGCUGCUGCCUUGCCUGUGUCUCGUCUGCAGAUGAGAGCCAUCUAAAUUUUUGCUUAUGUUUAUGGUUCAGUGCAUCUGAUUAAGCUUUGCUUGAUGACCACUUUAACA